CGUGACGUCAUCUGACUUCCGCUGUCAGAGCUUGUGUUGACACUCUCGCUUGUCGGCUAAUGCUAUGCUAGCAAAUGGCUGAAUUAAACAUCGGAAAACACUGUCAGGUUGAAUCCUGCAAUUUAAAAGACUUUCUUCCCUUUGUUUGUGAUUCGUGCAGGGGCGUGUACUGUCUUGAGCACAGAGGCAGAGAAGCCCACUUAUGCCCAGAGAAACCAGAGACAAAGGAAUUCCCGACUGUAGGUGGCAGCAAGUCUCACCCCUGUUCGUUUGAAGAUUGCAAAGGAAAGGAACUGCUGGAAGUUAUAUGUCCACAAUGUGAAAAGCACUUCUGUUUAACCCAUCGUCAUCAAGAUGAUCAUAAAUGUGAGAAGCUGGAAGUUCAAAAGCCUCGGAUGGCAGCCACCAAAGAACUGGUGCAAAAAAUUGUAGAGUCAAAGGAUACCUCUAAAAGCAAAGGGCGCAAGGGAGCAAAGAACGCUGCCACUGCAGCAAAAGUAGCACUGAUGAAACUGAAGCUGCAUGCUGCAGGAGACAAAGGACUGCCUCAGACAGAGAGGACAUAUUUUCAGGUUUAUCUUCCUAAAGAAUCCAAGGACAGAAGCCUCCCCAUGUUCUUCAGUUCUAAAUGGAGUGUGGGGAAAGUGGUGGAUUAUGCGGCUUCUAUGGCCGGUCUGAAGAACAACAAUAAUGUUCUGACAGCAAAGAAGCUGCGAUUCUGCCAUCCUCAAACAGGUGAAGCUCUUCAGAUGGAUGACACGCUGAUCUCACUGCUGUCUCACCCAGACACUCCUCUAUUUAAUGGGGGUAAUGUGAUCCUGGAGUACCUGGAUAAUGAGUGCAAAGGCUUGGAGGACAUUUCAGACUAUAUUACUUAGAUGUGAUCCAUCUACGCUACCUAGUGUAUGGAUCUAGUGAUUAAGCAUUUUGUAUUUAUAUCAAUGCAUUUUUCUUUUAAAAUGUUUUUUUUUUUUGUAUAUGCACCUUGUGAAAAAAAUAAAAUAAAAUGUUCUUGACGGAGAGCAUAUUCAGAAGAAGA